AUGAAGAGAUCAGAGACAACCAGAAAACUGAAGGCCUUGUUUCAUGAGAAGGAAGGCACUCCUGAAAAUCUUCAGGAGCUCUUUUCUCUGAUAAAGCUUCUUGUCUACAUACCAUCGAAUAAGAAAACACUUGAACUUGAAGCAAAGACUCGUGAUACUGUCGAGAACAUUAAAUUUUUGAUUCAGACAAAAGAAGGCAUCCUAUCAGAACAGUUCACUCUUUUCUACGAUGGAGAGCUGCUGGAUGAUAACAGAACUUUGGCCUCUCUCGGUAUCCAGUCAGAAUAA